UUGCCCUAGAUUUAAAUAUAAAUAAACUUCUUCACAUUCGAUAGUCUCUUUUUCAUGUCUAUCCUCUUAUAUCAAAUUGGCCAGUUUAUAAGUCUAUUAUAAUGUAAUGAUAUAGUGAUGAUCACUGCAUCAUUAAUUUUGAUUGUUUUUUAAUGUGUACUUUUUCAGCCACGAUGUCCAUUCCAACUUCAAGACUUGGUAAGAUAGUACUUACAUCCAGAGGCUUCUCCGCAUCAUUCGCUGGAAAAAUCAACAGAAGAUAUGUACAGAAAAACCGUCGGAUAUGGUCAUCCAUUGAAACUCCUAUUGACAGAAGGGCAUUUGGGAAGCAGUUUUCUACGACAUCGGCUGCUCAAGUUAUAUACACCAGCCCUUUCCCGGAUGUAGAAAUCAAAACACAAUCACUUCCCGAAUAUAUUUUUCCGAAAUUCGAGAUCUUUGGGAACAAAAUGGCCCUUGUAGACAACGACACAGGUAAAUCGUACACAUACCUGCAACUGAGAGACGCGGUGAUAAAGGUGGCCAGUGGUCUACACAGACUGGGAUACAAAAAGGGAGAUGUACUGUGUAUGUGCUCCACCAACAGUACCGAGUAUGCUAUACUCAUACUGGCCUGUGUGACGUCAGGCAUAAUACUCACCACAACAAAUCCUGCUUACACUUCCGGCGAACUUACCCGGCAUCUCCUUCAUUCAGAAUGUAAUGGUGUGGUAGUGAUUGAAGCACUGCUACCAUGCGUCAAAGAGGCGAUAUCGGCCGACAGGAACCUUCAAACCAAUAUUAAGAAUAUCAUUGUGGUCGGUGAAGCCGAGGGAUACCGUUCGUUCUCGUCUCUCUUGAAAGACGAUGGGAGUCUUUUUAACGAAAAUGUGGAUUUUAAUCCACACAAUGACGUUACUUUGUUACCAUACUCAAGCGGCACGUCAGGCUUCCCAAAGGGCGUCAUGCUCACACACAUGAAUAUCGUCUCAAACCUGCAGCAAUUCAGAGAAUGUACGAGAUCCACCUCAGAGGACAUAGGUUUGUGCAUACUUCCUUUGUUCCAUUCCUAUGGUAUGAUCCCCAUACUGUUGGGCACUCUCCAGGAGGGAGGAACUCUGGUAACCAUGCCUCGCUUUGAGCCCGAACCUUUCCUUAAUGCUCUUCAGCGGCACAGGGUGACGAUACUUCAGAUGGUGCCACCAAUAGUCUUGUUUCUUGCUAAACACCCUAUGGUACAGAAGUAUGACCUGACCAGUAUACAGGUAUCAAUCUGUGCGGCUGCACCGCUGGCUUUCUCACUGUUUACGGAAUACCAGAACCGAUUGAAUUUAUCAAUUAUCCAAGGGUAUGGUAUGACGGAGCUGAGUCCUGUGGCAACCUUAGAUACUAUGUCAUCAGUUCAUCCGGGAACUUCUGGAUUUCUGAUUCCCAAUACUAGUGCUAAGGUAGUAAACAUAGACACGGGAGCCGAACUUGGCCCUGGACAGAUAGGUGAGAUAUGUAUACGGGGACCGCAAAUCAUGAAAGGAUAUCACAACAACAAGGAAGCUACAGACGAAACUGUUAGAGACGGAUGGCUUCAUACAGGCGACAUUGGUUACGUGAACGACGACGAAUGCUUUGUGAUCACAGAUAGAUUGAAGGAACUGAUCAAGUACAAAGGAUUUCAGAUAGCUCCAGCAGAGUUGGAGGAUCUUCUACUCCAACAUCCGGGGAUCCAGGACGCGGCGGUGAUCGGUGUUGCGGAUGAGGAAGCAGGGGAAGUGCCAAGAGCUUACGUAGUGCCUAAACCAGACCAGGCACUUACAUGUGAGAGCGUGGCAAAGUUUGUAGAAAGAAUGAAAAUGUGCUCACAUGAGGAGGACGAGGACGAGGAGGACGAGGAGGGAUGAAGACUAAGAGGACGAGGACGAGGAGGACGAGGACGAGGACGAGGAUAUGUUAGAAUGAUAUUUGAAAACUACAAAUAUUUUAAUGAGUUAUAUUUCAUUAUUCUAUCAUAGCGAAGUUCACGGCUAAAUUGAAUGCAAGAAUGUAUCCAGAAAGAAUGAAAGAAUUUUACAUUACCAUAACCCGUACGAAAGAGUAAGACUGGAGUGAAAGUUGUCAGGGGAUGAUUUUGAUUUAAGAAAAAAGACAAGAAAAUAAAGACAUUGUAAACGUGGACAAAAUAACACGAUGGCGAAAAUGAUAUUAUUGUGUAUAAUAUAUAUCCUAUUGUAAAUGUUAAUGAAUUAAACAUCUUCCUUUAAGUUAUUGAAGACUCUGGAAAUAUUUAGUUCUAUAAAGACCACAGAAUCUUCCACCAGGCUUCAGUCUAAGUAUAGAAUCUCAAAAGAUUUUCAUUUCAUAUGAUAUUUGUUGAAACGAGUGCUAUGAUUAAAAAAUGUUUCCUUAAUUAUCUAGUAAUUUUUCAGCUGAUAUAAAAUACUGAGCAGUUGUCAUAUAUAAACAUCUUCAUUGUGCGUCAAUGCAAACCAGGAAUGAAAUAUUCUGCUCACAACUUAGAGUGUUCCAAACAGACACACAAUUGUUAAAACUGAAUCCAAAAUAUUGGAUGUAAUAUACUGUGAGAUAGAGAAAGGAACGCCUUAUAUAUAAACUUACAAACUUA